AGAUGUUUUGCUGUCAUCGAAGGAACAACAAAAUCAUAUUUAAGCGCUGUGCGAUAUUUACACAACACAUAGUUCAUAUUGCAAAUUGAAAAUGGUUGAUAACGUUAAGCAUGUCAUUCUGGUUCUAUCCGGCAAAGGUGGUGUUGGUAAAUCAACGGUCAGCACACAGUUAGCCUUGUCUCUCAAAGAUGCGGGCUACAAGGUCGGUUUGCUCGACAUUGAUCUAUGCGGUCCGAGUGUUCCAUACAUGAUGGGCUUAGAAGAUAAAAAUGUUUAUCAAUCGGAAGCGGGUUGGGUGCCAAUUUACACGGAUGACGAGAAACGCUUUGCUGUUAUGUCAAUUGGAUUCUUAUUGAAAAAUCGCGACGAUGCUGUCAUUUGGCGAGGGCCGAAGAAAACCGCAAUGAUUCGACAAUUUUUGAAAGAUGUACAAUGGGAGGAUCUAGACUAUUUGAUCAUUGACACGCCACCAGGUACCAGUGACGAGCACAUUACAGUCAUGGAGUGCAUGAAGGAAUUGAACUGUGAUGGAGCGGUUAUUGUUACAACGCCGCAACAAGUUUCAUUGGAAGAUGUUCGAAAAGAGUUAACAUUUUGCAAUAAGACUGACAUUAAAAUCUUGGGCAUCAUCGAAAAUAUGAGUGGAUUUGUGUGUCCGGAAUGCAUGGACUGUUCGAACAUCUUUUCGUCAGGCGGUGGUGAUUCAUUGGCAACACUGGCAAAGGUACCGCUUCUGGGCACCUUGCCCAUUGAGCCUAGAAUACAGAUGCUUGCUCAAAGUGGCGUAUCCAUAAUUAAAGAGCAUCCAGAAACCACUUCGGCUGCGGUGUUUAAGCAAAUCGUGAGAAUGUUGUGCGGAAUGGACAAAUUUGUCGAUUAAGUUUAAGAGAUAAUAAAUUUUCGUUUUUCAUUCUUGGUAACAUAAUUUUGAAUACACCACCUUUUAUACAAUA